AUGAACUUGCCGAAGAAGUUAAAGGAGUUUUUGCUUCAGCAUUUGGGGAUUUGCUAUGUUUCUACCAGAGAGAAUCAUGGGAAGCUUCAUACUGUUUUUCUUAGGGAGGCUUAUAGGAAAGGUGAGUUGGUUGAGCCUAAUGAUUUAUAUUUGGCGCGACGGAAGCUUGUUGAGCUUGUGUUGUUGAGUCCCCGGAAAGCUAGGGUUGAUAGGGAAUUGAUUGGGUAUAGGAGGAGCAAGUUAGAUGAUGAAAUGGGGCAAGUAACAAGAGCUUAUGUCGAGGAUGCUUGUGAAGAUUUUAAGGGUGGAGAUCGUGUAGAGCAAGGUGUGGAUGAAGAAGAUGGUUUGUCAUCAGAUAUUGGUUCUGAUGUAGAUUCUGCAAAUGAGGAUGAUGAUUUUGAUGAUUGUGUGUCAAAUGAAAAGGAAAUCUCUUGAGUGAGAGUAUUAUGGGAAUAUUUUGGAUCUAGGAGUUUUUCCAAUUUUGCUGAUGAGAAGUCUCUUGAUGGGAAUCGACUCUCUCAUGAGUUGUGUCUUCCAAUUUUCCAAUUUUGGAUCUAGGAAUUUUCACAAUGGGAAUCAACUUUGAAUGCAGCAGAUUCUUAUUUCUACUGCAACUUAGCCGAAGUGUGCUUUUUCAUGUGAUUGAUUGGCCGUUGUGUGGAAUGUGGAUUUGGGGAGUACACUGCAAGGUUAACUCUGAAAAAAUGCGAGUGGUUUUUCUUGAAGAUUAUAUUGAGGAUGAUAUCUGAUGUGAACUUGGACUGUCAACGUAGAAUAGAAACGUUUUGUUACCUUAUUAUUUCCAGAGUAAAGUAGUAACUUGGAAGUGAAGGUUUCAACUCAGUCAUGAACUCCUUUGCCUCCAUCGCUUUAUCUGAACACACCGGAAUCAUUUUUUGUAGAAGAAAACACCGUUAACAAAUAAUAUCUUUAUUCUUGAAGCGCUAACACUGUUAGAAAAUCAAGUGCCUCACACUAGGAUAUUCAACUCUAAUCAAGUAAGGCAACUCAUCUGGAUUUUCUUACAUAGUUACUUCAUUAAAUCACUGUACUAUUCAAUUUUGAUAUUAAUUUACCACAACAUAGAAUUUUCCUUUGAGAAAUUGUAUUGGAUAUCCCAUGAAGUAUGUACUUAACGAAUGUACUGUAUAUAUUUUUUUGCUGGAUUUUCAUUAUUAAUUUUAGAUCAAAAACAAAAUCCUCUUA